GGAUGGGGAGAGAGUGUUGAAGUCGCUGCGGGAAUUGCGCCAAAGGGGGGUAAAAGCACACAAGAGGGGCUGGGUUGUAUCAAAGCAGCACGGAGGGAGGUUCUAAUGGCAUGCCUGUUCGAGCGUCUCGCAGGAUAUCUGCCUCCGAGGAACACCUCAGAUCAUAUAAUGCUGGCAUGGGAAUUAGGCUGGUGAGUUUCCCACAAAUCAGUAACAUUACUAAUGCCUGCCUUCUCGAUAUUCCUCGUCAUAUCCUGAAGGCUUCCACAUGGCAAGGACGAUCUGGUAUUGGUCCCAGACCGUGGAACCCGGGUCAACAUGGCGGCGCCGCUGUUAAGGGCGCAUUUUCAAGAAGCUUUUCACUAGAGUGUGGUGUAAGUGCUGGACGAAAUCACGCAAUCGCCAGACAGCGAUGCAAUUGGUUCCUUGAGUUUUUGUUUUGUGGGGUUCAGUUCCUCGAUGUUUCCCCUUUGUGGCAAGCCCACGCCAUGACCGGCUCUCGGGAGAGGCUCGGAGCCGUGGCGCGGGGGCUGGCUGUGCUCUUCCGCUCCGAUAGCCGCCGGUAGCGGCUAGCAUCUUUGCCAUGCUUGGUGGGUAGAUGGGAGAUAGAGGAUACCGGAACUCUCUGCCUCCAGUCCUCUGGCGUUGGUAAGCUGGCCUCUCCACGAUGCUCUCUGCCAUGAUGUCACUAUCAUCAGUGUCCCAGCUCAUCCUAACGACUCAAUUGCGCCUUCUGCUUCGCAGAUGAGACUGUGGGACGGACGUAGCCCAGGAUGGG